AUGCCUCUUCAGAAGUCCUUUUCUGAUCAGAACCAUUCCGCAACAGCAAGGCAACAGCAGCAGCAAGAACGGUCGAAAUGGGGUCGGAACAAGAGUUUUCAGGGCCUGCAGGCCGCAAAACAUAACCUGCAAUCAAAACCUCUACAAGAGAAGCCGGCUAUUCCAGUCUCUACCGCUACGAAGAACAAGCUGAGCAUGUUUCAAUUCGGUGGCCAAUCUGCAACAGAACCUUCCGACAAGGCGGCCGUGAUAAGUUUACUACCUAAUGAUAGGAAAGAGAACUUAGUAGCUGGAACAAGGGCAGCACAUGGCAGUGGGCAAGAUGAGGCGGAAAACUCAGGAGAAGUACGAACUGUGCAGCCAGAUCUACCGAGGAAAGAUGUCCCUUCGACUCCAGGAAGCAGGUUAGCCUUGCCUGACUUGCUAGGGAUGGGUGAUGUCAAGCGCGCCGUACUUGACGUAUCUCCAGACGAACGGAUCGAUUGGAACUAUGGCAGAGAAGGCUCUAGCCAUAAGUCUGCCUCGGUUUUUGGAGGCAUCAGAAGAGCAAAGAAGAGAGCAAGAAGCUCGUCGCCGAUAUCCUCUUCUCCAGCUCAGGUCUCAGCACAUUUCCCAACCAACAGCGAAAAUUUGGAUCGACAAGCUGACCCUGGCUCUGAGUUAUGGGGGCGGUAUUCUCUCAAUGGGUCCAACGUGCCAACCCCUCAGGUACCGUCUAUUCCUGCAUUGGCCCACCUCAUGCACAUGUCUUCGCCACAACCGUCGCGAGAAGGGACGACGCCUCGAUCAACGUUUAGAAGGGCAAACAGCUGCGGGAAUCAAUUCCCAAAACGUCGUAGGGUUGUUGGUUCGGACGGUGAUGUUUUCACCGAGUCUGCGAACAUUGGCCCUUCAAAGCUAGCGGUCCUGAUCGAGAGGGUACAAGAAGGCUUGACUCAGCCGAAACUGCCUUUACCUCUGAGCGAUACCUCCGAGUCUCCUGAUGGACUGGUUAAAAGCCCUUCUAGAGAUACCGCCUGUAGACCGCCUGAGCGGCAAAUGGGAUCGAAAGACGCCUAUAGCCUGCCAACAGAUGACAGUCCCAAUAUCAUGCGGAGAGUCGAUCAUGAGACCCCCCAGAGGAUCCCACCUUCUAUAGAAUCAAACUCUUCGGAUUAUGGCGAUUUCGAUGAUGGCGAGCUUGACGACAGUCUAUUCGACGUUUUGGAAUCUGGACCAGAACCAGCUUCGAACACACGUAGAGCAUCAGCGUCGAAGCCACCUCCUGACUCGCCUCCAAAACCUAGUCGACUCAGAGAUACGACAGACUUGGGCCCUAUCCUGGCUAAAAAACCCCCAGGCGCAUCAAACAUUGAGGAUGAUGAGUUUGGUGACUUCGACGAGGAUUUGCUUGGGGCGGAUCUGGAGCAGGUUGUAUCUCAAUUUGAUAGCGGAGCGUUUCCAACGAAGACCACAAGAGGAGGCACUAGCGUUCCAACUGUUCAAAAGACCGGCAUAGUAUCAAUAGCGGAUUCUGACGAUGAAUUUGGCGAUGACGACCUAGAUGAAUUAGAUUUUGAUGCUGCGGAAGCCGCCGUUACCCAAUCGGUGCAACCAACAGCUGAUGGGCUACUACCUUCCACGCAGAAAGCACAAGCAAUUCAGAGAUAUCUCGUCACAGCCAUUUUGCCUUCUGAGUAUGAGAAUGCUAAGGGCCGUAUCCUGUUACUUCAAGUCGAGAACACGAAGACUACAAAGGUCGUCAACCUGCGUGGGACCUGGUAUGAUACACCAGCAACCGUCAAAGCAUAUGUUCAUGUCAUUGGGGCUUUCGACGCCAGCGGCCGGUGCAUUAUAGAUGAUGACCAUAACAUCUUGAUCCUGCAUCCCGAUCACCUUAUCUCCGCUACCGUGGUCGCAGAUUCAUUCGGCUGCAUUCGUCGCGCUGUACUGCAAGAUAGAAUAAAAUCCACGAAUGACACAAGCGCUCCUCUUGUCUAUGGCACCAUCUUGCAUGAGAUAUUCCAAGCUGCAAUGGUCGCAAACAGAUGGGACUCUGUUUGGCUAAGCGAAAUCAUUGAGGAUAUAGCUACAAGGCAUCUAGAGGAUCUUUAUAGUAUCAAGAUACAGAUACCCCAUGCAAUUGAGUAUCUGCAGAGCAAGAUGGGGGAACUGCAAGCCUGGGCAGCGGUGUUUGUCUCAUCUAAGCCAAAGCCCGAGGCCAUCGUUAAAGCUGGCAAUGGCGAGACGGCCAAGAUGUGUAUCACUAAGCUGCUUGACGUAGAGGAACAUAUCUGGUCGCCAAUGUACGGCCUCAAAGGCAAUAUCGACGCAACGGUGCAGGUUACGAUGCAGGAUGGCAAAACGAAUCGUACAUUAACCGUGCCCUUCGAGGUCAAAACAGGCAAAAGCCAAAAUGCCUCGCAUCGUGCACAAACGGCUCUAUACAACCUGUUAUUAUCGGAUCGCUACGAUAUGAAAGUUGCGUGUGGUAUCUUGUAUUAUAUGGAAACAUCCGAAACCAUCAGGAUACCAGUAAUUCGUCAUGAGCUUCGCCAUAUGAUUAUGCAACGCAAUGAACUUGCAUGCUUCGUUCGCGAACGACACGCUCAGCUGCCGCCUAUGCUAAAGAAGGACAAUAUGUGUGGCCGAUGUUAUGCUAAAGUCCCAUGCUUCAUUUACCAUAAACUCGCCGAUGAUGGGGAUGGCGAGACAAGCGGUAUGGGGGCGAAGUUCGAUGAGGUAGUGAAGCACCUGACUCCGAAACACAAGGAAUUCUUCCUAAAAUGGGAUGAUCUCCUUACCAAGGAAGAGAAAGAAAGCCUGAAAUUCCGAAGAGAGCUGUGGACAAUGCUUAGCUCCGAGAGAGAAAAACUAGGAAGGUGUUUCUCUAACGUCAUCCUUGAGCCAGGCUCUGAAUAUGAAGAUCCGAACAAUCCCAAAAUCAACCGAUUCCAGUACACUUUAAUCAAACAGGAUGCUCCAACUGGGUUCUCGUUCCUUGAAUCCCAGAUCAUUGUCGGAGAGCCCGUCGUGAUAUCUGACGAAAAGGGGCAUUUUGCUCUUGCGAACGGCUAUGUCACCAAUGUGCGAAAGCGACGAAUCACAGUUGCCGUCGAUCGCCGUCUGCAUAAUGCACGUAUACGAGGUGCUGGAUUCGACGAAUUCGAUAAUCAAGUAUUUUCAGGUAUUAUGGAGGUAUCACCCGGGCAACCCACCAGCGGACCGGGCGAACAGACAGCGCAAGAGCCAGUCCGGUACAGGCUUGACAAAGAUGAGUUUAGUAAUGGCAUGGCUACUGUACGGAACAACCUCAUCCAAGUUAUGGCGGACGGUCCCUUUGGUUCCCGUCAGAUACGAGGUCUGGUAGUAGAUCUGAACGCACCGAGGUUCAAGACCCAAUCUACCGGCUAUGUCUUGAGAGAUCGUGAGAACAUCAACGUGGAUCAGAGAAGGGCAAUCCAAAAGGUCAUGAGCGCCCAAGACUACGCGUUAGUGCUCGGCAUGCCGGGAACUGGAAAAACAACUACUAUUGCCCAUAUCAUUCGAGCACUUGUGUCCCAGGGAAAGAGUGUUCUUCUCACAUCGUACACACAUACCGCAGUGGACAACAUUCUGUUGAAACUAAAAGACGACCAAAUAGGGAUUCUCCGGUUAGGGACCAUGGCCAAAAUACACCCUGAUGUGCGAGAAUUUGCAACUCUCGCGGUCACACCCAAGACUUCCUUCGAUGAAAUCAAAAGUGCUUGGCACGACACUCCGGUUGUUGCAACGACUUGUCUUGGGAUCAACCACCCAGUCUUCAAUGAGAGGACAUUCGAUUACUGCAUCGUCGAUGAGGCAUCACAAAUUACACUUCCUGUGUGCCUUGGACCUAUACGUCUUGCUAGGACAUUUAUCCUUGUUGGUGACCACUACCAGCUUCCGCCCCUGGUCCAGAACGAGGAGGCUCGUGUUGGUGGUCUAGAUAUCAGUCUCUUCAAACUCUUGUCAGAUACUCAUCCCAGCUCCGUCGUAUAUCUUGAGCAUCAAUACCGCAUGUGCGAAGACGUAAUGGCGUUAAGCAACAAUCUUAUCUAUAACGGCCGCCUCAAAUGUGGCAGCGAGGAAGUAGCCAACCGCCAUAUCAACGUCCCCAACAUGUCCAGUCUCGACAACCACCAUUUUACACCUUCUACUCUCUCGCGGAAUCCCAAGACGAUCUGCCAUAGCCCAACUCCAGGCCACUGCUGGAUACGCACCCUUGUCGACCCAUCUACCAAAGUUGCUUUCAUCAACACAGAUCCUCUCCUCCCCCUUUCCCGCGAACAAGCAAAGGGAAACCGCAUCGUCAAUCCUACGGAAGCAAGCAUCUGCACCCAACUCGUCGAAUCGCUCCUCAGCGUCGGUGUUCCUUCCUCCUCAAUAGGUGUCAUGACACAUUAUCGCUCCCAACUCGCACUCCUCAAAAACCAUCUCCGUCACCAUAAAGACGUUGAAAUGCACACCGCAGACCGCUUCCAAGGGCGUGAUAAGGAAGUUAUCAUCCUCUCCCUCGUGCGCAGCAACGAAGCUAGGUCAAUCGGCGAACUACUGAAGGAUUGGAGAAGAAUUAACGUUGCCUUUACGAGGGCGAAAACUAAGUUGCUUGUUAUUGGUAGUCGAGAAACGCUUAAGGGGAGAGAUGAUGGUGGUGAGAAGGCGGAGCCGGAGAUGGUUGCAAGGUUCGUGGGGCUGAUGGAGGAAAGAAAUUGGGUUUUUAAUUUACCAAAGGGGGCAUUGGAGGAUCACUAUUUUGAAGAUAGCGGCACGCAGGGUACGAGUACUGCUGCGAGUCGGCUGGGUGGGACUCAGCUUCCAGUUUUCCAGGAAGUUGUACAGGGGGAUAUAGGGGGUGUGAAGAGAAAGACUGUUCUCGAGCAAGCAGAGGGCAAGGAGAACACAAAUAUGAGACAGCCCAAGAAGAAGAUUCGUGGGAAUAAGCCAUUUAAGAUUCCCAGCAUGUCGGUAUUAGUGGAUUUGGUUAACGAGAUGCAUCAGACGGAGACAGCGGAUGUUUGA